GUACACAUCAAUAACCUAAAAUAUUUGCACAGUAAUGGUGACACUUGAAACACAUCAAGAUAAAAAAAUUGAACAUCCGGGUCCAACAAAUUUCUGUCGUUAUCAAAGCCAUGCGUAGGAUUCAAGUAGAAAGCAUUGAAAUUAGGUUAUAACAUGACGAAGUUUGUGAUAUUUUUUGCCGCGAUAAUCGCAAGUAUUGGAGCGGAAGUCACCGUUCAACCAACAGCAAAACCUAAUGACUGUAUCUGCAAACUCGAAGACAAAGUUUGUGCAUGUACAUUUGUCAUUGAACAUAAACUCACCAUGAUUCUUGAGAAAGAAAAGCAACUAGUAUAUCCGGACAACGGGGUCUUGCGACUGCGGGGAAAAGCAAACAGAAAUGCCCAAUUAACUCCCGAGCAAGUUUCCCGAGUUAUUACAGCUGACGGGGCGACUUCGCGUCUUGUAAUAGCUAUUAAUGGGUCGUUUCCAGGUCCUAGGAUAGAAGUAUGGGAAAGUCAAACAUUGGAAAUAACCUUUAUAAACGCACUUCACACCGACAGCGUUACGAUGCAUUUUCAUGGAUUACACCAGCGAGAAUCGCCUUGGAUGGAUGGUGUCGCAUUUGUCACACAAUGCCCGAUAUUGCCAGGACAAUCCUUUGUUCAUAGGUUCAAGGCAUAUCCACCCGGGACGGCAAUGUACCAUGCACAUAUAGGGGAUCAAAGAAGUAUGGGAUUGUACGGACCAGUUAUAGUUCGCCCAACAAAAAAUCCCGUUAUUGAAGAUAACGAAAUAAUCAUAUCUUUACAGGACUGGAAUCAUCUGAUGGACCCUGAGGUAGCAUAUCAAAGAAUGAUAACAGAGCAGUUUGAUUUCAAAACCAACGAGAAAAUCAACACGACAUAUUCAGUUGACAAUGGUCAAUUUAGCCGUUUUGAGUUUCAGUCGGGUCUGGCAAAUGGAAAGGGUAGAUUUUGGAAUACAAGGAAUAAUAACAACGGUUCACCACUUGAACGAUUUAAAGUACGCUCUGGAACCUUGUACAGGUUUAGGAUCAUUGGAGCUAUGACCCUUUAUCCAAUGAGAGUAUAUAUUUAUGGUCAUCGGCUAACAUUACGUACAUCUGAUGCCUACAACGUCGACAGAAUACCAGUGCAGUCAAUCAUAGUACAUCCGGGCGAGCGGUACGACUUUUUCUGGCAAGCACCGCCAGCGAUUAAUGUCACUUCUAAAGAGAUACUGUUUAUUGCCGAGACAAUAGAAACUGGUCAAAGUCUCGGUUUCUCAAAGUACCACGCAGCUGAGGCGAUUUUAGAAUUUGAAGAUUCCCCGAAACCUCCGCCACCUCCAAACCCACCAAAUAGUAGAGAAGAAACCUGUACAUCUUCAUCUAAAUGCACUACAUUCAACUGUCCUUAUGAAUUUUACCCACCAAAUGAUAAUAGAGUUUGUAUCACAUUCGCCGAAGUAAACAACACUGAUCCAAAUCAAAAUUACAAAGAAGUGUUAGGUAAUAAAGUCGACGAAGAGUUCUUCUUUAACUUUGCUUUUCCCGGGCCCCCAGAUAACACCCCAGGUUCGGUUAAUGGCCGAGAAUUCGUUCCACCAACUGUUUCUCUUCUCACGCAAGAAAACGAGUUGACUACUCCAUGUACGGACGAUUGUAACAAAAAUGGCAUCUGUCAAUGUACAUAUAUUCAGAAAUUAAAAUCCAACAAGCUGGUCCAGUUUGUUUUACUCAACCUAGGUAGUGGAUCGGGAUGGUCACACCCUGUGCACUUGCAUGGACACUCAUUUUAUGUAAUGAAAAUGGGUUUUGGCACAUACAACCGCAAUACAGGAAAUCUAAUGUCUAAUUCUAAAGACAUAAACUGCACGGAUAGAUUUGGCUACUGUAGUUCUGCUGCAUGGACAAACCGUAGUUGGGCAGGUGGAAGAGUUCCAGACAUGAGCAGUAAACCACCGCAAAAAGACACAAUUGUCGUUCCAACAGGUGGUUACGUUGUUAUUCGAUUUAGAUCGGAUAAUCCCGGAAUGUGGUUUCUACAUUGUCAUAUUGACCUGCACAAUACAAAUGGUAUGGGAAUGGUCAUUGAUGAAGGGGAGUCAAAAGCAAGUCCUCCUGCAGGAUUUCCAACAUGCAGAAGUUUUCUAUAUAAUGGGAAAUCUCCAGAUGGUUCGGGUGUUAACAGUGCAACGAAACACAGCGGAUUUCCAAUUAUAGUGACUUUUGUGUUUUGUCUGAUCAUAAAGAUAGCUACUUAGA